AUGUCUCCUCAUAGGUCGGAUUCUAUGGAGGCACACGACAACAUCCGAAAGCGCGUUUGCAAAGCUUGCGACCGUUGCCGAUUGAAAAAGUCAAAGUGCGAUGGAGCAAGCCCUUGCAGUAGAUGUAAAGCCGAUAAUGCCAUUUGCGUUUUUGGCGAACGGAAAAAGUCGCAAGAUAAAGUAUAUCCCAAAGGAUACGUUGAGAUGCUCGAACAACAACAGACGCAGCUCGUAGCUGGACUUCGACUAUUGUACAGCCGCCUACAAAAUGGCGAGAGUUGGCCAGGGCAGCCAUUGCCGGAAGCGUCUGGCGGUCACCCGCUAACGCACGAUAUUCUUGAGCGACUCGACCUCCUACAUCCUUCGAGCGAGAACAGCAGUAAUUAUGAGGGAUUCGAGGAGGACUGCAAUCGGAUGCAACAGAAGUUGCUUGAGAGGGGGGCUCCUGUUACUCGAAGACGUGGGUCUGUGAGUUCAGACUCGGAACACGGCCACGCAUCAUCCUCAUCGUCGUAUAACGGUACCCCGACCACGAGAUCGUUCGCUUUCGAUAACCCUUUUGCGCGCAACACUGCGCCACCAACACCCCCAAUGAACAGUCCUUUCCCGCGACAAUCGCAGGUUGUGUCGCCGAUAAAACAAGAAUCACCAAUGGCCUCGUCCACGUUCAUGAGCAGUGGAGCUUUGGAUCCCUCGGCCCUUUCACGGACAGCAUGGAUGAAUGAUUCCAUCAUGAUGGAGGAGCCAGUGGACUUCAGCAAGCCCAUGUAUGGAUUCGACAACUUCAACAGCAAUUACGAUCAGUCCAUGAUGGUCGAUACGAUGGCGAUCAACCCCAGUGACCCUAUGAUGCCAAAUUGGAAUAGCCCCAAUGAGCUGGACUUCAGCACCUUCAUACAAAAUCCAAUUGGUGCAUGA